AAGAGAACUGCAGAGAACUGCAGAGAGCUAGAGAGAACUAGAGAGAGCUAGAGAGAACUAAAGAGAACUAGAGAGAGCUAGCGAGAGCUAGAGAGAACUAGAGAGAACUAAAGAGAGCUAGAGAGAGCUAAAGAGAACUAGAGAGAGCUAGAGAGAACGAGAGAGAGCUAGAGAAUCUAGAGAGAGCUAAAGAGAACUAGAGAGAGCUAGAGAGAACGAGAGAGAGCUAGAGAGAACGAGAGAGAGCUAGAGAAUCUAGAGAGAACUAGAGAGAGCUAGGGAGAACUACAGAGAGCUAGAGAAUCUAGAGAGAACUAGAGAGAGCUAGAGUGGGGAGGAUAAAGCAAGCAAGAGCGAGUUAAACAGAGAGAGGGAGAGAGAGAGAGCACACAAGAAAGCACGAGACAGCAAGAGACAGAAAAGGAGGAGAGGAGAGAGACGAGACGGAGAGGCGGAGAGGAGAGGAGAGAGGGAGAUGAGAGGGGAUGAGGAGGGAUAAAGAGGUGAACAGGGAUAAAGGACGAGCAGGAAGAGGGGAGCGUGGAGGGAGGACGAGAACAGAGGGGUAGAGAGGAGAACGAGAGCACACAGGAGGGUAGAGCUCUGGACGUAGCACACACAUGUCAUGUAGGACGGUAACAAGGGAACGGACUGUGUCAUACUGCAUUAGCCUCAAACACACACACACAUACACCCACACCAACCAACAUACACACACACACACACACACACACACACACACACACACACACACACACACACACACACACACACACACACACUCACACACACACAGAGGCAACGAGAAACACACUGUGGAAUCACUACAGCUACACUUUCACUUCCUCUGUCACCCAUCUCCCUCUCUUUUUCACAGUCUCUCCACCAACUCCUUUUCUCUCUCCUUUUUGCUAUCGCCUGUCUCACCCCAUCAUUCCCAUAAAGUUUACACCCCCUUGUCUAUACUUUCUUCCUUCUUUACUUCCCUUCUACAGAAAUAGAGGAGACGUAGUGGGUAUUCAUAUUGGAAAGGUAUAGCAGAAUAUUUUCUUGAUCCAACUCCCUGUCACAUCAUGAGUGCGCCACCUACAGGAAGCCCAAAUACGGAUGUAACGGCGGCCUCCCAGGAGAUGGCGAUGCUGAGCAAUAUGUUGGCCGCUUACACAUUCGUUGCAGAUCAUCCAGAGAGGACUGGGUUGGUGUUCCUGGCUGGUGUCUGUGUUGGCCUCUUGGUCACCCUUUGCGCCAUUGUGUUCCAAAUACACUGUCGAACUGACUGUCACUAUGGUAACAGCCACCGCCCUCAACAUCCUCAUCGUAGCAACAAGGCUCGGCCUCAGCAUCCGCCGCAGCAUCAGCUCCAGCAUCAGCACCAGCAUCAGCUUCAUGACUGUCCGAGGAACAGUAACCAAGACAACAUGACUCUCAUACCGGCGGGCGGGCAUGUCCCCAGUGGGGACAACCAAUCAGAGGACUGGGAGGACCCCGCAGACAUGUCGGCAAGGCAACGGAGACGCUUUGAGAGAGCCCUUUUGAGCACCAGGGUUUUUACUUCGGCAGAUGAUCUGGACAGAUCCCAACGCCUGGAGGAGAGAGAGAGGAUCCUGCGGGAGAUCUGGAUGAAUGGACAGCCAGACAUCCGCACCGUAACCCAGAGCCUGAACAGAUACUACUGACCCGACCCCACUGUCUGACACCCUCUGCACACCCUCUGCAACGGCCUGCCCCAAUAGACUAUGUGUCCAGAAAAGGAAAACAGAGGAAAACGAAAGGAAAUGCAAUGGAAUUAAAGGGAAGGGGAGGGACGGACCUUGUCUCAUUAUUUCACGGUGCUUUGGUUGGGCUUUAAGUCAGUUGGAAUUGUGUUUCAACUUGUGUUGUCAAUAGAAUAUCCCUACAAAGUACUCACGUUUACCGAUGACUUUACAGUUGUGGUAGUCCCAAAAACAAUACAUUACACAGAACUAAGGAAAGUAGACCACGACCACAGAACCGAUCCUUCAAUGGACAAUGUUAAACCAAGGACAUAUUAACUGUACAACUUAUUUUCUAUCUCCAGGCUUUGUCGGAAGCCUCUGUUGUUUAUAACAUUGAGUGCAAUUGUUGAUUAUAAUAAAUACAUGUGAGGUUUUUUUUAAGAGAA